AUGUGUGUGCGAAGGAGCAGCAGAGGCUGCAGAGGAUGGGGGCAUGAGGCUGCACGGGAAGUGGGCAAUGGAGGUUUUGUGGGGAAGGGGCAGCAGAGGUUGCAGAGGAAAGGGCAGCAGAGGCUGCAAGGGAAGGGGCAGCAGCGGCUGCACGGAAAGGGCGGCAGAGGCUGCACAGGAAGGGGCGGCAGGGACCGGGCUAGAGUGGGAGAAGGGACAACAGUGGCCUCAAAGGUAGAAGGUGAGGCUGUAGCUGGAGCAGCAGGGAGGGCCAUAGCACGGCCAGUAGGGGCGGCAGGGGCCGCAGCAAACGCGGGGAAACACACAGCAGGGCCGGCAGAGACUGCAAAAGGGGCUAGCAGUAAAGCGGCAGCAGGCGGGGUGGGCUCGGAGGACAUAGGGGCAACAGGGGAAGGAGAGGUGAGUGUGGUCCCGACCGGGGUGGGCACUGAAGAGGGGGAUGUGAUAGCGAUAGAGGAGGAUGAGGGAGAGGAUGUGAUGCACAUUGACGGGCCACUGGCCCAAUACCUCACGCCUGACGGUGAGGCCGACCCGGCCCCCCUGCAGCCUCACGUCGAGGUUCCCCCUCUACCCCCCAUGCCCGUCCCCAUGCUAGCAGAAGGACCGAUGGAGGGGCUGGGGGAGACCUUGAGGACAGAGCCGCACGAGGGAGCCCAAUCCUCACCUCCCGUCCUCCAGCCCACCCACCCCCAGGAGCACGACUUCCCCACCCCCACCCUCAGGUCCCGGCGGUCCACCGGGAGAGCACGCGGCCCCUCGACCCCCACCUCCAACCCCCCCUCCCGGCCGGAUUCCCCACGAGUGGCCCCGUUGGGCAGCCAUCACCCCUACACACAGCCCGCCCGAUCUGUUCCCACGGAGGGGGAUGUUUCGAGGAGAGGGGAUGCACUUAGAGCCCCCCCGCUGGCGAACCACCAUCCUCCCUCCACCCACCCCUUUGGCCCCACAGCCCCCCCUUCCUUCACAAACGGCGCGGACAACCAGGUUGGCCCGCACGGCGGAAGAAUAGGGGCAGAGGAGGCAGAGGGUCAGCCCACCCCGACCCCAAACCUACACUCCCGCCCCGCUCCUGCACCUCCACAGGGCCAUGGGGAGCGGACCAGCCCAAUCACCCCGCCAUUCUGGCCCCCUCUCCGUGCUGUGUCCCCCUCCCAGGUGGCGGCGGCCGCGAUCGCUACUGGGAUGGAGGCCGUCGGGCAGGUCUUCGAGACCCCAGAGGAGGUGGGGCUGGCAUUUCAGAUUUGCUGGCGAUACACCGCCCGAGCAGCUCUCCGGGCUGCCCCCACCCUUCCAGUCGCCACAGGACCGGACCCGGACGUAUGCGGAGGUCACCCGGUCUGUCCCCUUCUUUUAAUCCCCCACCGCCACUCAGCCAGGCGCGUCACUCCUCCCGACCCCAAUGGAGACGGACCAGCUUCGACACCGGUACCGGUACGAGGCCCGGCCCUAUCCUGUGCGACACCACCUCUAUCUUCGCUGACACCCCCCAUGCACGGGGCUGGUGAGUCGUCUCCUCCCCUCAUCCCAGGCGAUCCUCUCGGAGCUCAGGCCGCCCACGGGGUCCCCUCUACAGCCAGUUCCGACGCCACGGCCCCGAUUGACCCCGCCGACACGGCGACAUCACCCGACCAGGUCGUGAGUUGCCCCACCUGCAGGAGCUCUCUCGCGAACCGACGCGCGCUCCAGCACCACAUUCCCUUCUGCCAUCCUGCGGACUGCGGCUCGCAGGGCGCAGGCUGCCCAGGACAACCGCCUCGAUCAUCCCUUCCCUCUCACAGCCCCGUGCGACCGGGAUACAGUUCACCGACGCACAGUGGCAGACGCUCGACUCGGUGGACUGGACAGAGUACUUCUCGCCCGAGCGUAUCCAUGCACGCCCUCUCCGACGUGGUCCCGGAGAGGGUCCGCGGAGGAUAUCUCGACGUCCUCAGUGCGAUCCUAGUCCGCAUUGCCCAGGACCCGGAGGCUGCUGGCCCUACCUUCCUCCUCGCUGCAGCGCCGACUCUUUUCCUUGUUCCAGCGACGCCACCCGACCGCUCGCACACGGCUGCCAUUGCAACGCGCAUCUCCCGCUUUGGUCGAGGUGAGUGGGCUGAGCUAGUCUCAGAUGCACUAGGCCGUCGCACACCCCUUCCUCGGCGCACAGGUCACCGGUCACGCACCGCCACCGAUCCCUCUACAGCAGAUGAGCGCCGCAUUGCACGUUGUCUUCGUCUGGCAGCGUGCAAUGAGACCUCACGGGCGUGCGCGGCUCUCGAGUCCGCGGAGGCAGCCCCAGAUACACAGGGGACGAUACAGCGCCUGCAGUCGAAGCACCCCAACGCGGAGAGGCCGACCCCAGCUUGGCAGUCUGGCUUCCAGGGGUCCCCCUCUCGUGCUCUCGCCCGGAGUUUCAGUGCUGAUCCCUUUCAUCGGCCUCUCUACGGGACGCCCUCGGAUCUCCACUACAGGUCAGGCACGGGAGUGGUCACGAUGCACUCGGAGCGGGGCACUCGCCAGGGAGACCCUCUCAGCCCCUUCUUGUACGCUCUGACACAGCGUCUUGCUUUGGAGCCGGUUCUGGUGGAGGGGGAUGUCCAGCUCUGGUCGUACGCCGAUGACACGUACGUGCUAGGUCCCCCAGACAGGGUGCUGCACCACUUUGCCGAGAUCGUGAGGCGCUUGGGCGAGAUGGGCCUUGCAGCCCAGCCGCACAAGUGCCUCGUCUACCAGACAGAGUCCUUUCUGUCCAGGGAUCUGGAGGCCUUCACGGGCCUAGGGGAUCGAGGUCGCACGCCGAGGGCUCACCGUGACAGGCGUACCGAUAGGCACCGUUUCGUUCGUGGAGCAGAGUCUCCCGGAUCGUCUCGAGAGGAUGGGGCGGGUGCUACCUUGGCUUCCGAGGUUGCGCCAGCCCCAGACAGCUGCCCGCCUUCUGUCGGCGUGUGUCAGCACUCGUCCGCAGUACCUGUCGAGGACCGUCCCUCCUUCGCCCGCAGUGAUCUCUAG